UUUGGUUUGGUCUGUUGUUGUGUUUUAUACGCAACAUAGGAAAACGCACUUCAGCUCGACUACAUAAUAUUGUAAUGACGCUAUUAACGUCGCGGCCAAUAUCAUCUUCGCACUUCUCCGUCACAACUCACAACUACACUCGGGUCCAGCGAUGAAAACGUUUAUCACUAUAAUACACACUAAUAUACUACAUAUUGGGCUUAUUAAGUAUAAAUAUGUGUCGAGAAACGCAGAUUGUGCUACCUGUGUGGACAGAGUAUUGUGCAUAAAAUGUUGUUUUUAUUUUUUACGCGCUUUGCCGUAGCCAUCGGUCUGCAGAUAGUAGACACCACACUGCUGCUUUUAGACCCGAGAACAAAAACAAUAAUGUUAAUAAUCAACAACGGUUAUUUUUUUAUCGGCCCGUCCGUACGCAAUCACGGGAUUUGUGCCACUUGAGUCGGUCGCAGUUCUUAGAUUAGCCAUUGACGACGUGUAAAUUAUGCAAAAAACGUGUCUUUUCAGUCGCUCAUCAAACCUAAGGACGCAGCGGAUCGCGAUUCGUCGUGAAUUCGCCCACGACCGAAUUGAUAACAGCUGCAGGUGAUUCGAAAGUCUCGUCCGACCAUCGUUUAUUAUUAUUAUUAUUAUUAUAAUUAUUCGAUAUCGGUUUUUGUGUAACGCAAAAAAUGGCCGAGACGACAAAACCUAACUCAAACGACCAUGUUAAGAAAAAGCAAAUGCAGAAGGCGAUUAAAAACCAAAAAAUCUAUAAGUUCCUUCAUCAACACGUACCGAUUACAAAGUGGCUUCCAAAAUAUAACGGUAAAAUGGCAAUGGGUGACAUGAUAGCAGGUAUCACAAUUGGACUCACGAUGAUACCACAAAGCAUAGCAUAUGCGUCUCUGGCUAAUUUAUCACCACAGGUUGGGUUGUAUUCAUCACUGAUAGGAGGAUUCAUAUACAUGAACUUCGGUACCGUUAAACAGGUUUCCAUGGGACCUACGUCUCUAAUGGCUCUGCUCACUUACGAGUACACAAAAAAUUUGACUCCGCAAUAUGUAGUGCUUUUGACGUUCAUGAGCGGAAUCGUUGAAAUGUUGAUGGGAUUAUUUAAAUUGGGAUUCUUGGUUGAUUUUAUAUCUACACCGGUGACAUCGGGCUUUACAACCGCUACUUCAAUUAUUGUCGUGAUGUCGCAAAUAAAGGGUAUUUUGGGUGUAAGGUUCAAAGGUGAUACAGUUAAAGAUAUAUUGGAGAAACUGAUUGAGCACUUCCACGAGAGGAGGAGCGGUGACAUGAUUUUAGGAAUAGGCGCUAUUAUUGUAAUACUAUCAUUGAGGGAAUUACGAAAUGUGCCAGCCAAAGGGUUUUUGAAAAAUUGCUUAUGGUUCAUUUCCCUAAGUCGAAACACAUCCGUCGUCUUAUUUGCAAUGUUUAUCACGUACUUAUUUGAAUCCAGCGGAACUCCACUGCCGUAUUUGACCUCAGACACUGCUAAAACUGGACUGCCGUCACUACAGUUUCCGCCCUUUGGAUACACGUCAGGAAACACGACCGUGACGCUGUCCGAGAUGUUGUACGAGAUCCGGUCUGCAAUAUUCAUCAUACCACUUGUGUCGGUGUUGGCCAACGUGUCUAUUGCUAAAACUUAUGCUAACGGAGGUAUAGUAGAGGCCACGCAGGAGAUGUUGGCUUUGGGCAUGUGCAAUAUAGCAGGGUCGUUCAUAAUGUCGAUGCCCACAUGUGGUGCGUUCACUCGGAGCGCCCUGAGCCAAGCCAGCGGUGUCCAAACGACGUUGUCCAACAUAUACGCCAGCGGUUUAAUAUUGCUGGCUAUUUUGUUCCUCACCCCUCAUUUUCAUCUCAUACCUAGGGCAAUACUGUCCUCGAUUUUGAUAAGUGCUGUAUUGUUCAUGGUAGACUAUCAGAUAAUCAAACCUCUUUGGAAGACUAACCGAGCGGAGCUAUUCGUCACACUAGUCACACUUUUGAUAAGCCUUUUCUUUACCGUCGAAAUCGGUUUACUUGCAGGCAUUUGUGCAAACAUUAUUCAUUUAGCUUUAAUGUGGUCUAGACCUAAACUAAAAAUUGAAUUAAUGAAAUCCAAAGGAGUAGAGUUCGUGUUAAUAACACCAAACAACGGACUGUAUUUUCCCGCGAUAGAUUAUUUGUACAGGGAAAUCAUGCGAAUUCCAAAACAGGAAGGCUACGCAAAAAUACCUUUGGUCAUAAAUUGUGCGCACUUGAAAGGAUUGGACUACACUGCUGCAAAAGGAUUGAGCCUGAUAUCUUCAGAGAUCCAGGCUAAAGACCAACGUUUUAUUGUCCUAAAUGCAUCGGAAAAAAUGCGAUAUGUGUGCCGGAAGUCCGGCUGUAAGUCGAUGGUGUUCUGUAAUUCGUUCGACGCACUACCUGCUGCAAUUUUGGGUGAACAAUGCAAAGAAAAAUGUAUACUGAAUAGCUCAUCGAUGAAGCGUAACGAUACCGUGGUCGUCGACGUUCCAAUCAUGCUGGCCGAGGUGACUCCGCUGUUAAAUAUCAAGCCUUCGAAUGGUAACGACGCCAAAGUUGACCUUUAGCAGUGAUAAGCGGUUAGAUACCAGAAGGUAUGUGUGGCACACUCAAAUUUUCUUUCAUUUGACUCCCUUCCUUGAUUUUUUUUUUAAAUGGUCACUCUAAUUGCCUACCGAUUUUAAAAAUAUCAUUCUAUUGAUUUGCAUCCUAAAGUUGAACAAAACUCCAUCUUGUAUAAUAAAAAUAUAAUAUCGAAUGUCGAUUUAUUAAUUUUUAUAUUACGGUAGGCGAUUCGAGUGAAAAUAGUCUACUACUUAGUUUUGGAAGGCAAUUCAUUGCUUCCCUGUGUUCUGUACAUCUAAUAUUAUUAUUAUUAUUAUUAUAUUUAUUAAUACUACAUUAUUAUAUAAAGUGUUUUGUUAAUAAUAAUAUUUAUUAUAAUGAUCGUUAUAUUCUAUACCGUUCGACUGUAAAUACAUUAUUUGUAAAUAAAAACACGAUUAAUAUGUUAUAAUGUUAAAUGUGUAACGGAUUUGUCGUAAUUAUAUUGCGCUUAAGCGAUUAUUGUUAUUAUGUACCUAUUACUGUCAUAUUUCACUGUUCCGUUUUUGUGACUAUACUGCCGUAAAAAUUUUUUCGUGUAGAAUUUUUUGUAUUGAAUUAUAAUAAAUAUACUUAUAUUUCAUUAAUA